AUGGCGAGGAACGCAAUUCAACCAAGUUUCGACUUCUUCACGGGAGAAGAGCGCUCGCCGGUGCGACAGCCAUUGCGCGACACGUUUCGGCAAUCUACUGCGACCGUCGCGCGUUCUGACGUCGCCAAUGAAUCUUUGCGCGCUCAGCUAAACACACUGCAAUAUGAACUGGACUCAUUGAAACAGGAGAAGGAGCUCACGGCGCUCCAACAAGCCAGCGACGUUCGCGAUGCCGAGCAGCGUGCAGAUCGAGACUUCAAAAGAGCCCAGGCUGCAGAGGCCGCUGCUCAACAGAGCGCCAAAAAGCUGGACCAACUCUCGCGUGAAGUGAGCGACAUCGAGAACCGACAUACCAACGAGAAGAUCCAGCUCGAUCGCAAGAUCCGUACACUGCAAGACGACAACCAAAGUCUGAGAGAAGAUCUCGAAGAUGCCGAAUCACGUCUAUCAUCCGCCGAAAGAGAGCAUAAGCAUGGGCUGGACGACCUUGAAGCAAGACACACCGCCCUCCAAGCCUCGUUCGAAGAGGCGCAGAGAGACUUGGGCUCAAAGGUUUCGUCUCUCCAGUCCACGCAACAACGCCUGUCACAACGCGAAUCAGAGAAUGGAAACCUUGAGAACGAAAUUCUCCGGCUCAAGGCACAGACUGGCGACUCUGACACUCUUGCCAUCAUUAAGCGCGAGCUUUCUGAGCAAGUAGCCCAUAUCAAGAGGCUGGAGUCUACCAAUCGCGACCAGUCUGCCGAGCUCAAACAAUUGCGCAAAACUCACAAGAGUGUCGAGAUUGUCCAGGAAGAGAAACGCACUCUGGAACAGAAGCUACGCGCCAUGGAAGACUUGCGCAAGGAAUUGGCAGAGGCGCAACUGCAAAAGCAGAUUCUAGAAGACGAAAGACGUAGUUGGACAAGCUACCUGGAAAGCGAGGCUGCCGGAAGGGAAGAGAUGGCUUUUAAGUCACCAGAAGAUAUGGCCAAAGCAUUCGUCAAGGAGCGUAUGGAGAGGAUUACGCUAAUCGAAAAACUGGGAGCCAUACAGCCUGAGAUCUCUGUGCGCGAUGCUAACAUCAAGACGCUUGAAGACGAGAAGGCCCAACUCAGAGCAGAAAUCGAGAAGCUCAAGAGUGCAAGCGGUACGACAACAAUCGCUGCUCCUGUAGACGUCAAAGCUCGCGCACGCCUUGAAAGACAGAAAAAUCUGGCCAUCAAAGAAGUUGAAUAUCUACGGGCUCAGAUGAAGGCGUUCGAAGCCGAGGAGAACGAAUUUUCGCCGGAAAAGUCAAACCAGGAAGAGAGCAAGCGUACCCAAGAGCUGGAAGCACUCAUCGAUCAGUACCGCUCGGAAGUCGAGGCCUUGUCUGCUGAGAUGAAGCAGCUGGAAAGUAGUACUCCUGCUGCGUCAACACAAACUUCGAAGCGACCUCAUCCAGAAGAGUCCGAUGAGCGACUAGGCGAGUUGCGCCGUAAGACACGCACACUCCAAGACGACUUGACAGCAUUACAAACUCGCUACUCCACCACUGAGACUGAGCUGAAAGCCAAGACCAGCCAACUCAAUGCUCUUCGUGAAUCAUCACGAACAAGAGUGCUCGAGCUUCGCGACAACCCGACUGCGCAAGCCGAGGCCAUCAAGAUGACAACUCUUCGUACCUUGAAAGAAGAAAACGCAGCACUCCUCAAACAACUUGAGGGCAAACCAGACGGCGCGACGAAAGUGGUCCCUAUCAGCACACUUGAGCACGCACGUCUGCAGAUGAGCGAGCUCGAAGCCACAGUUGCCCAACGCGACAAGAAACAACAACGGCUGAAAACCAUUUGGUCGGCCAAAUUCCUUGAAUUUGCAGAAGCCGUUGCUGCGACUCUGGGCUGGAAAGUGGUCUUCCAACCAAACGGUCGAUUCAAGGUUACGUCUAUCCUGUAUCCGACAUCCAUCAACAAAGAUGGCGAGGAAGAGGAGAACUCGAUUCUCUUUGAUGGUGAAAAGGGCACUAUGAAGGUGUCUGGUGGCACGGAGAGUGUAUUUGCGAAUGAGAUUCGCCCGCUCAUCGAAUUUUGGGUUGAUGGAAGGAAGGAGAUUCCUUGUUUCCUGGCUGCAUGCACACUGGAAUUCUACGACAAGACAACGAGAGCUACAGAGAUCUAA